AUGACGCAUGCUGUCCAUACUGCAAUCCUUACUCUCAAAGAAGGUUUUGAAGGUCAAAUGACUGAAAAUUCAAUUGAGAUAGGAGUUAUAGGUAGCGCGGUGGGAUAUACUGAUGAAAAGCAACAGCCUAUAUUUAGAAAAUUAUUACCCUCCGAAGUAAAAGAUUAUUUAGCGAACAUUGCUUAA